AUGGCCACUCCCGCCAAACACAAGCCUAGCGUCGAACCGCCUCCUCCCAGAAUCAAGUGCAGCUACGCGGGCUGCAACUUCUUCUUCCAAACCGACAAGGACAUGAAGAAGCACAAAGCCACCUUCCCCGAACACGACUAUUGCAACAAGUGCGACAUCGACUUUGAGACCGAAGAGCACCUCCUCAUCCACAAGAUCAAGAGCAAGAAACACAUCGUCUGUCCGAUCUGCAACAUUGACUUUGGCAGCGAGGGCGGCCGUGACCGUCACAUCCGUCAGUUCCACCGUACCACGCAGAACCUUACCUGCAACGGAUGCACCGACACCUUCCGCAGCGCCGCAGGGCUCAUGCGGCACAUCGAAAACGGCGAAUGCCACGAGAUUCCCGCGAAUCGACUUCUCGCCGAGCAGCAGAAGAAACUCUUGCGCAAGGAGGUUUUUGAGUUCUCCGCGCCCCCGGUGACUCCCUCACUCGUCGACGCAGACGAAGAUGAGGACGGUGGCGUGCAGCUCCAUAUGAACCGCUCCGAGAUGAACCGCGAGGCAAUGGCAAACCAACCCGGCAAUCUCAUGGACCAAAACAACAACGACGAUAACCUCAUUGACCGCCACUGGCCGAAGCUAGGAUUAGGCAAGACAGGCUUGGAAGACGCAAUGGGCGAACUAAUGAACUUCUCGACUGCGUCAGCUCAGAGCGGAAACAAGGAAAACGAGCGUAACAAGGAGAAUGUCGGCUGGAGCGACAGAGGACAUGACCAUGUCUUUCCCGGUUCAGCGUCUGCCCUGGGCUCUGCGUCUGAAUCUGCGGCGGGUACCGCCUCCCUUAUUGAAGGCGAGACCCUGUCUGGGACUGGCACCGGCACCGGCACUGGCUCGACCCUUGGUCCUCCUGCUCCCUUCCGUGCCUCCAAUAUGGGUAUGCUGCUCUCCCAGAUCUACCAGGACUGGAACCCGAAUAAUUACCUUGACGAGUUAACCGGGGAGUACGUCUGCGCGUGCGGAAAACGCUGCGGGACGAAAGACGGUUUUGAGAAGCACGUACUCGCCAAGAGCAAGGGUUCUCGCAGGAUGUUGUGCCCUGGCUGCUUCAAGACCUUCAAGUCUACCGCCGCCAUCAUCGCGCACUGGGAAUCGCCUUCUCUGAAGUGCAACCUGAGCGAGGAGAACCUAUAUGCGCAGAUCAUGGACGAGGUCAGUGGCGGCAUGAUUCAGAUUAACGGGUACAACGAGGACGGAACGUUGAAGUAUGAGGCUGGCAAGUUGGAGCUGCGCAAGACCACGACUGUCGGUGUGGAUCUGGAGAAAGUCCGUUGGUGA